AACGACUGACCAGCCCAGGCUGAAAAGCCUCCCCAGGGAAAUUGAAACUUAGAGGCACUCAGAAGAGGAGCCAUGGAGAUGCAGGACAUCUCUGAGGGGAAGGAGAAGAAUGAAGGAGCAGCUGAACCGAUGCUGCAGGUUCAAACUGAAGAGGAAGCAGAAAAUGCUCAGUAUGAACUGCUAAAAAGUCCAUCGGAGGAUUUGUAUGAAGAGGCUCAUGGCAGAACUUCAUUUAAACCUAAAGCAGAGAAACCGGGCGAGGGGAACAGCCGUCUGUACCGGUCAGCCUGCCUGGUCCUGGGGCUCCUCUGCCUCGCCCUGCUGCUGCUCGUCAUUGUUCUCUUUGUGAAACUCCACACUGGAUCCACAGUCUGCCCAGAACAAGGACAAACUGCACCGGCUGACAAGAAGAGGACUCCUUUUGGUCCAGUGUGCAGCUAUGACCAGUGCCAGGCCUACUUCAACAGAGGGGAACUUCAACAAUGCGAGUGCUAUUGUGCACCUGGCUGGAAAGGUUAUGGCCGGUCCUGUUUCUUCUUCUCCACCUUCCGGCUGAGUUGGGACGAGAGCCUGCAGAACUGCACCAGUAGAGGGGGAUCUCUGGCUAUUGUUAACAGCCCAGAAGUUCAGAAUUUCCUGGCCAGAGCAGGGAGCCUGACGUAUUGGAUCGGGCUGAGAGAACUGAAUUCUGGCUGGACGUGGGUCAACAGGACGGUGCUGCGAGAGAGUCACUGGGCCGAGGCUCCGCUGACCGGGGACUGCGUCGCCCUCAUGGGGAGAAACCCACCUGACAAGAACUGGAUCAAAGCUUCCUGCCAGGCUUCCACAUACUUUAUCUGUCAGCAGAAUUUCUAAGGUUUUUUGACAGAAUAAUGAACAAAUGCUCUGUCCACAAAUUUCCUCCAUAACAAGUCAAAUCAUUUCUGUGUCCACUUCACAUUUCAAGCAGUAAAAUCUUGCGAGUUUUCAUAUAGCAGUCUUAACACUGGCAGAGCUGUGCAUUCGGGGUGUACUGACUUUUUUCUGAAGACUUUUACUGUAUUUUGAUACUUCCCUGUUAUCAGGUCGUGUCACAUUUAUGCACUGUGUGCUCGUGUUUCUUGUUGCCUGGCAGCUUCACAAAUGUAGGCCAGUAUUGUUUGUUUUCAUAGUAUUUUAUUCUCAUAUAAAAGUAAUAAACCGACUAUGUUAAACGUC